CAGUAAUACUGUAUUAUUGUUAUUAUAGUGUUAUUCUCAUUCUUCCUGCAGAUAACAAGAUUGGCGUGUUUGUAAGAUACAAAAUGUUCUCACUUUUCUAUGGAUUGUACAAAUAUUUGUUCAAGAAAGAUGAGUUUUUUGUCCUCAUACUUGGACUAGAUAAUGCCGGCAAAACUACAUACCUGGAAGCAGCUAAAACCAAGUUUACAACAGGAUACAAAGGCCUAAAUCCAAGUAAAAUAACCACAACAGUUGGGCAAAAUGUUGGAGGAAUAACAUAUGCAGGUAUUAAGCUGAGCUUCUGGGAUCUUGGUGGUCAGGAGGAGCUGCAGCCAUUGUGGGAGAAGUAUUUUGCUGAGUGUCACGCUAUAAUCUAUAUGGUAGACUCUGCAGACAGAGAGAGAAUGGAUGAAUCAAAAGAAGCAUUUGACAGAAUGAUUUCUAGCGAGACCCUAA